UGGAAUCGGAAUCGGAAUCGGAAUCGGGAUCGUCCAUGGAUUGAGGAUUAGGAAUCCUCAAAAAUAUCCUUGGAAUUCGAUAUGGAUCCCGAAUUGCGGCUAUCAUUUGCCAUUUCUCAGAUGAAAUCUGCUUUAGACUUCUCCGUCUGGGAGGAGGAUGCGGAAUCGGGGAAGAAAUCAAAGGUCAUAUCACUCAUGAUUCGAAUAAUGUCUCUGGUGAUGUCAAUGGAUUUGGAUUCACACCCGGAGCCGGACCCGGAGGUGGAACCGGGGCUCAUAUCACUCAUUAAGCAAACGAUCUCCGUCGGCAAAUCUAUACCGGAUUCAGAAGAACCGGAGUUGCAAUUAGUAUCGCUGGUGGCUCGAUCGAUCCCUCUCAUCGGUUCCGCCGAGUCGGAGCCGGAGCUGACGUCACUCGUUGGUCAACUGUACUCGUCCGAGGGUUUUGAAGCUGGUGACUCGGAGCUUUCAUCGCUCAUUCUUCAGAUCAUCUCCCACGCCCGGUUCACAUUAUAUCCGUGGUCGGAACCAGACUCGCACCAGCAAUUAUCGGGUGGCCCUAUGGAUUCGGGAUCGCAGCUAUUAACUGCCAUUUCUCAAAUAGGCAGCUCCAUCUGGGAUGAAGAAUGGGAGAAGAAAUCCAAGUUCAUAUCACUUAUGAUUUGAAUAAUCUCUCUGGUGAUGUCAAUGGAUUUGGAUUCAGCAGAACCGGAACCGGAGGCGAAGCAGCUCAUAUCACUCAUUAAGCAAACAAUCUCACUCGGCAACUCUAUACCGGAUUCAGCAGAACCGGAGUCGCAAUUGGUAUCCCUUGUGACUCGAUCGAUCCCUCUCAUCGGUUCUCGUCGGACCCGCCACAAGAGCUGACGUCACUCCUUGGUCAAAUAUACUUGUGUUUUAAAUCUAUGGGUUUAUUAGAAGAAGAAGAAGCGGCGGAGGAUUCGGAUUCGGAGCUUACAUCACUCAUUCUUCAGAUCAUCUCUUUCGCCUGGUCCACAUUACAUAAGAAGAAGUUAUCACCGGACCUAAAGCGGCUGGUAUCAUUCAUUCAGAAUCUAGUGUUCCUCACAAUCUACGGCCCCCAUAUGUCUUUGUCUCAAA